UCCCCAAAGGGGACUUAGAAAAAGAAGAAGAAUACAAAAAGUCCCUUUUACCCUUUCCUUCUCCUUCCUUCUUCUUCCUUCGUUCUUUCUUUCUUCUCCAAUAGAAAUGGCUACCUCGUCUUCAAAAAAAAGAUCUAGUGGACCAGUGCUACGUUCUCUCUCACCUUCUUCAAGCAAGUUCUGCUCCUAUUCCACAUCAAACUCAUCGUUUUAUUCUCCACAAACAACCUUCUCUUCUUCCAUAAGCUCUAGCUUUUCGUCACCAUCUUCAACCUUCUUCAACCAACCUCACACUCACAGCCAUCAUCGAUCUGCUUCCCCUACACGUGUCAACAUAUACAACGCUUCAGCUUCUCUCUCAUCCGGCGUUCGGUUCUCCAUCGACAACCGGUCCAUCUCCCCGAACCGGACCGUUUCCAGCCACGUCAUCGGCAACAAAAACCAUCACCGCCACCACAACCACCAGCCGAUCUCGGUCCAGAAGAAAGCCUGUAUGUGUUCGCCGACGAACCACCCUGGUUCGUUCCGGUGCAGCCUCCACAAGAACAGCGGCGGAAGCCACAACGCCGAUUCAUAUCCGUCGAUCCGUCUCAACAUGCGUAGAUCUGCGAUGAAGAACUCUCUGGUGAGGAUCGGAGGAGUCGAAGGCGAGUGGGUGAAACGAGCCCUGACAGCUUUGAUUCGCCCUUCUUCGCAUCAGCAGAGGAGGAGAGCAGCGUUCGAACCGAGACCGAGUCGUCUCUCCACCAUGUCCAGGGCUGAGGAAGAUCUCUGAAUUUUGUUCCGUUUUCUUACUGUUUGCUUUGCUUUGCCACUAUAGCGGAAGCUUCUACUUCUCCACCGCCGGCGAAUCGGUUAGGUUGCGAGCGACGUCGCCGGAAGCUAUGGAAGAUUCCGGCGCAGAUCUAUGAGACUGGCCUCGGAGAAUUGCUUUUUGUACAUAACAUUUGCUAUGGAAGGAGAGUUUUGGACAAUUUUUAUUAUUCAAGACUAAGAAUUAUAUCUAAAGAAAAUAUCUUUAAAAUCAAAAUCUAAUCUCAGGCUUAAUUUGCAAUAUCACAUAAUUCCAAUCAUAGAAUUCGCAAGUGAUGGGUUAAGUGGCAUCGACGAUUCUGUUAUGCUUGCCGUGAAUGCGCGAUUUUCGUAAGCGUGGUGGUUCCGUCGUUCGUUACGUCGUAUUGCGGUUCCGUUGCCGCCGUUGACUCUCCGUUAUCGUUGGUUCAUUUGCUUUGCGUUUGGUGCAAGUUUGGUUGUGCAAUGCAGCUAUCUGGUGCCGGGUCUAUCUGAGACGGACGGAUUCCAUCUUCAAAAUUGACAUUUGACACCUUAUUGCCAUGUUAUGGAAAUAAUAUUGGUUUUAAAAGAUUAAGAGGAGAUCAAGUAGAAAUAAAAUAAAAAUAAAAACUUAAUAAAAAAACUUUAAAAUGGAAUAAACUUAUUUAAAAGAAAAAAAAUCUAAUUGUAAAUUGCCCAAUACUGCAGAAAGAAUUCAAAGUUGGAAACGCGGAUUGAGUUGAAAAGGACUACCAUCUACCAAGCAAAUGAUGAAUAUUAUUAUAGUGACUUUUAUCAUGUGGGACAAAGACAGCUUAGCUACAAUAUGAUUUGCUCAUGAGGUAUAUGCCCUCCUAAGUCAGAACUAAUUUUGAUUUUUGGUCAAUGAAAAUUGACGUACACCGCAAUAAUAAUCAUAUUAUAUUUUAAAAAAAUAGAAAUAAAGGUAUAUUAGGACAAAAUUUGCAAAAGAAAUAUUUCUAUUAUGUAUGCAUAUUGAGAUUGUUUUUAAUAAGUUAUUCUUCUUGAUUUAUAAGAAAGUAUUAAAAUUUUUAUUUAUCCCUGUUUUUUUUUUCAAAAAAUUUAUCCAAUUAUCUCAAAAAAUAUA